AGUCUGAAAAAGAAAAAAUAGAACGACAAACAAAAUCAAUAGUAGAAUUGUUCGAAGAAUAUCAAAACGAAACACUCUUCCCAGAAGAAAUAAAUUUAAACAAUUUAUUCGACCAAUUUACAACAUUAUCAACAGAAGAAAAUAGUAAUCCUUGGGAACCAAAAAUACCCAUUGAAUUUGAAGAAUCAAUUGAACCAGAAAUAUUCACUACUGAACCAAUAAAACUAAAUAAAAAACUUAUCCGACCACCACCAGAACCUAAAAAACUUUCGAACGAAGUAUUGAACGGAGAAUUACAAGGAUACCUUUUAAUACUAUCAAGGGAAAAUAAAAUAGUAAAAGAAUACCAAUUACGAAC